AUGGGUCUAAAGAGUAAUGUACUCUUACUCUGUGGCUUUGGCUUUAUACUGUGCAUUGCCAAAUUGGCAUUGCACUCCCACUAUCCAAAUAUCGAAAGUUUCUCCACAAAAAAUCGACAAUAUUACGUCGAUAGCCCUUCUUGCAAGAUGCCCAAAAGUGAUCCCUUUUCCACGGACAUAAUGAAAGUCUUCAAGAAAAAGCAUUUCAAAGAGUGCAGCACGGAUAAUGAUUUGGUUUUAAGUGAGUUCGAUCCGGACCUAAGACAAUACAGGCUCAAUAUUGAUGAUGGCGUCUUUGAAAAGCUUUCAAAAAAGAUCCCAAAUGCGACACUCAGGUGUCAAUACCAGGUGAUUGGACGGAAUAAAAGUGCCUCAUAUCCGGAUAAGGAUUUUACUCUUUCUGAUCCUCGACCUCUGAACCAAUCCUUUUUGGUACCCAAAGGCAUUGACUUUUUAAGUACCCAAUGCUAUGCCGUAAAUGAAAGAAAGAAAAUGGAGCUUCUUCAAGAGGAUGGCUUCCUCUUUGUUCAGGACCGCCUCAGUCCUAAGACUAAGAAUCCAGAGGAAGAUCGCCCUGAUGAGGAAUCCAAGCCAAACGUGAUCAUCCUAGGUAUUGAUUCCACAUCUCGUCUGAACCUAAGACGCUCCAUGCCGAAGCUCCAUAAAUUCUUGCAACGACCAGGAUGGUUCGAGAUGCAGGGAUUCAAUAAGGUGGGUGAGAAUACCAUACCCAAUCUUUUGGCCAUGCUCACUGGAAAUGCCGAGGAAAAGGCCAUGGCACAGAGUCGCUUCAGUCAUGGCGGAUUUAUAGACAAACUGAAGUACAUUUGGCAGAGGUUCAAGAGCUAUGGCUAUCUAACAGCUUUCGGCGAAGACUGUGGUAACAUCAAUACUUUCAACUAUCAUAAGCCCGGUUUUAAGAAGCAGCCGGUGGACUACUAUCUCAGAAACUUCAUAGUUGCCUUGGAAACCAUAUUAAAAACUCGACGUGAGUUCGGAAAUGUGUUCUGCCUCGGCCGCAAAUUGGGUUUCAAGUAUGUAUUCGACUUUGCCAGGCAGUUUAUGCAACGUUUUGAGAAAGUGGCACCCGUAUUUGGGAUCUUCUGGAGCAACAGCUUCACCCAUGAGGAUUUCCUGGGAGCCACCGCUUUGGACAAGGUCUUCUGGGAAUACCUUUUAGUGUACGAUGCACUGGGAUUUUUCAACCGCUCGAUAGUAUUUGUGCUGAGUGAUCACGGCUAUAGAUACGGUGUAACUCGACAGAAUGCCAAAUCGGGUUAUUUGGAAGAACGUCUUCCCAUGAUGUUUAUAUAUGUUCCACCCUGGUUUAGGAAAAGAUAUCCCCAGUAUGUGGAGAACCUAAAGACCAACCAGAAUCGCCUGUCCUCAGGUUUCGAUGUGCACAUGACUCUGCAUCACUUACUCCAGCUGAACGUGAGCUCCAUGUCAAAGUUCAAACCAAAUCUUCGGGCUUCACAGUGCAAGGGAUGUCAGUCCCUGUUCUUCGAACUUCCUCAUAAUAGAAAAUGCUCUCAGGCGGGAAUUCGUGACAAGUGGUGCUCCUGUGAACCCAUUGAAACGGUGACAAAUAAGAAACAUAUUACGAAAGUGGCUCUCGAGGUGGUGCGCCAUAUGAACCAACAUCUGGAGGAUCGAAAUCUCACCGAGAUCUGCGAAAACUAUGCCUUGAAAAAGGUCGUUCACAUGGACCGCAAGAUCCCAGUUACCGAUGAGUCCGUUGAAGAUGACGAGCUGCACACCUACGUCAUCUCGUUCUACACCAGACCCACCUUGGCGCACUUCGAGGCCACUGUACAGUGGAACACGCAUAAGAAGUCCCUGAUCAUGAAGGUGGACGAGAUUAGUCGUCUCGAGUCCUACAAAAAGCACAGCAAGUGCACGAAUGAUCCAGUUAUCAAGAAGUAUUGUAUAUGUAUUCCGUUUUAAUAUAAACUAGUUGGAUUUUUUAUUAACGCUAUUAACCAUAACUAUAAACAUUACUACAGAAAUAAGAAAAACCUCAGCCAUGGAUAAUUAAUGGCACAUUAAAGUACUUUAAUCCUACUAUA